GUACGUUUAGGUUGGCAGACAAAUCGCCCCACCACUCGCCAUCUGCCUCCAGACAUGGCUCCUAUGUCCGCUCACAUGUCGCCAAUGGCGCCGAGUUGAGAUGCCUUCUGGUGGCUGAGGCUGUCCCGAAUAUGGACAGUCGCAGGUCUGACACACAAAGCCUUCCGAUACAUCCACCAUCCGUGGUCUGAUGUCUGCGCGUACUGCUCAUCCGAAACUGCACAUGACAAAAGGUACACUUCUACACCAUGCAUUCUAUACGCCUCUUAUGAUGAGCACUACAACGCAACGGGCGGACAGAUGCACUCCUAGUCUUGCAUCUAUUCAAGCAAGGACGUACAAUCCUUGUAGAUGUUUGGGCGAAGAUGUGCUUGUUGAGAAAGCGUCGACUGAUUCCUGCAUCCACUCAUCGCGCACACCAGAAAGUUGAUGACAGCAUGGUGGCUAAUCGUGUGCAGGUAUUUUAGUUAGCACAUCUCUUUUACCCGCGACCUAAAUGAUGACCAAUUCACACUGGUUGAGCACGGCAUGUCUAUGUACAUGUCGCGCCUUGAAAAACACAACACUGAAAAUUCUGAUUAACCAGGUGCAGAAUUUGAAUAUUGAUGCCUCUGUCGAUAUCACGAGCUCGAGUACUAACUUGAUCACGCGCAGUAACCAACACGGUCACUUGUGUCCAUUUGAUAGGACGGCAGUGGCAUGUCAAAACACUGGUCUGUCGCUACACCGCCUUGAAAGAGACCAGUGACGCACCCAAUUGCCGUGACUUGUCUCGGGCAGAGCGUUGAGCCGUGUCGUGAUAGCACAUGGGGUUUCCCUAUUAGGCCUGCCCAAGGUAGGGCAAGCAAUGGUACCUCGCUGUCCUCCCGCGAACCAUUCUUCGGUAUCCUCGCAACAAUACAACGCUAGGGUAGCUAUCAGUGGAACUUGCUUGCCGAAUAUGAUCGAAGGACUGUACGAUUCCCGAAUGCUGGCGACUUCACAUGUGUACCUUCACUUCAAUUCAGUCGCCCGAGGCAAUUCACCAUAAAACACGUGCACGCUCUCUCCCUAUGUAUGCGGUCUACCGAUGAUGACGCUGAUCGGUGCCUCACUGCUGGGUCAAUAUGUACAGUCAAUGGCCUUGGAGCCCGGCAUGACCAAAACUGCUA